AACAGCAGCAGCCAGCAGGGCCAGGCCCUGUCUGCGAGCAAAUGAAUGCCAUAAUUGAGAGGGGUUGGUGGGCUUGUGAUAAAUGAGGACUUAUAUGUACGAGCCCUCACUCAAAGACCCUCAAGACAAGACUGAAACAAUCUGAUUCUUCACUCAAAUUCAAUCACAAAAGGGUAUCUUGGAUUUUAUUGGACCGCUCGAUUGCUCCGAUUCGAUUCCAACCUUGGGCUCCAUCUCACUGCUGAAUAAUGGAUUUAAGUACAAUGGAUCGGGGCCAAUUGACGCUGCUAGGAUCUGCAGCUUGUGUGAUGCUUACAAUGCAUUUCACAGUCCAGUUACUGUCACAACAUCUCUUUUACUGGAAGAACCCAAAGGAGCAGAAGGCUAUAAUAAUUAUUAUUCUUAUGGCUCCAAUAUAUGCAGUUGACUCAUUUGUGGGCUUAUUGGAUAUUCAGGGAAGCAAAACUUUUUUCAUGUUUUUGGACUCUAUUAAGGAGUGUUAUGAGGCUCUGGUGAUUGCUAAGUUCUUGGCUCUAAUGUAUAGUUACCUGAAGAUAUCCAUAAGCAAAAAUAUAGUGCCAGAUGAAAUCAAAGGAAGAGAGAUUCACCACUCGUUUCCUAUGACUCUUUUUCAGCCUCACACCGUUCGGCUAAACCACCAUACCCUGAAGCUACUCAAAUAUUGGACUUGGCAGUUUGUCAUCAUACGCCCAGUUUGUUCUGUUUUGAUGAUAACACUACAAGCACUUGGACUGUACCCCAGUUGGUUGAGCUGGACAUUCACUAUCAUUCUUAAUGUUUCAGUUUCAUUAGCGUUAUACUCUCUAGUGGUGUUUUACCAUGUGUUUGCAAAGGAAUUGGCACCGCAUUCCCCACUUGCAAAGUUCCUGUGCAUCAAGGGAAUAGUCUUCUUCUGCUUUUGGCAGGGAGUGGUGAUUGACGUAUUAGCUGCUGUAGGCGUCAUUCGAUCUCAUCAUUUCUGGUUAGAUGUGGAGCACAUUGAGGAAGCUAUUCAGAAUGUCUUGAUUUGUCUGGAGAUGGUGGUGUUUUCUGUUCUCCAGCAAUAUGCAUACCAUGUUGCACCUUACAGCGGAGACGUAGAAUCAAAAAUGAAAUUAAACAAGAAGAGGGAGUGAUUUGAAUAGUUUUCAUAUAAACAUAUACAAGAGUGUGAUUUCUUUUUCAAGUUUUAGUAAAAUGUAUCACCUCUCAAUAAUAUUACGUGUGUUUGGACCAACUUUGAGCUACUUUGAACUAUCUUCCUUAAAAGAUGAGGUGUUCAAUUGGA